UCUGUCCGUUAUGGGCUGGCCUUCAUUUUGCAACUUUGUAAUUUUGCAAUUUACACCCAACAAAUGAGCAUGAGCAUAACCAUCCCAGCUAUGGUGAACCACACGGUCCCACCCAGCCAGUCCAAUACCUCCACAGAGAGGCCCCCCACUGACUCCCAGGACUACACGAACAAAACUCUAAAGGAAUUUAAAGCAAUGGCCCCUGUGUAUGACUGGAGUCCUGAAACCCAAGGGAUCAUUCUUAGCUCGCUCCACUACGCCUCCUUCGUGGCUCCAAUUUCUAGUGGCUAUGUGGCUGGAAUAUUUGGAGUCAAGCGUGUGGUUGGUGUUGGCUUGUUCAUUUCCUCAGUUCUGAAUCUUUUCAUUCCACUGGCAGCUGAUACUGGAGUGACAUUGUUAAUUGUUAUCCGGGUUGUCCAAGGCAUAGCCCAGGUUAUGGUAAUAACAGGUCAAUAUUCAGUUUGGGUUAAAUGGGCUCCUCCACUUGAAAGAAGUCAACUCAACAGCAUUGCCUUAUCAGGGGCACUUCUGGGAUCCUUCAUCAUCUUCAUUGUUGGUGGUCUCCUCUGCCAGACUAUCGGAUGGCCUUAUACUUUCUACAUCUUUGGUGGGAUUGGCUGUGUCUGUUGUCUUUUCUGGUUUUCUCUUGCUUAUAAUGACCCCAGGAGUCAUCCCUGUAUCAGUACCAAUGAGAAGGAAUACAUUACAUCUGCACUGGCCCAACAGGAUUCUUCUCCAGGCUGGUCUCUUCCCUUUAGGGCUAUGAUAAAAUCCCUACCACUUUGGGCCAUUUUAGUCUUCUAUUUCUGUCACUACUGGUCAUUUUAUAUCAUGAUGGCAUACACACCUACAUACAUCAAUUCUGUGCUUCAAGCUAACCUCAGAGAUAGUGGGAUCCUGGCCUCACUGCCAUUUAUAUCUGGCUUCAUCUGCAUUAUUCUCGGAGGUCUAUUGGCAGAUUUUCUCCUUUCCAGAAAAAUCCUCAGACUCAUCAUCAUAAGGAAAGUCUUCACUGCCAUUGGAGUUCUCUUUUCAUCAUUGCUCAUGGUGUCCCUGUACUGGGUCAGAUCCAGCGCCAACACCACUGUGGCCUUCUUGGUGCUCUCUCCCGGUUUCAGCAGCCUCUGUGACUCAGGAGCCCUUAUUAACAUCUUGGAUAUUGCUCCGCGAUACACAGGUUUUCUCAAGGGAGUAUCACAAGUCUUUGCACACAUAGCUGGAGCCAUCUCUCCCACAGUGACUGGAGUUUUCCUCAAUCAGUAUGCAGAAUUGGGUUGGAGAAAUGUCUUCUUGCUUUCGACUGCUGUUAAUAUAUUGGGCCUGGUCUUCUACCUCAUCUUCGGCGAAGCAGACGUUCAGGACUGGGCUAAAGAGCAGACACUCACCAACUUCUGA